CAGUUCAACCGUCCACCAACUCAACCUCCCCAGUUGAAGAACUUUGCAAGGUGAGAGGCUGAAGGCAUUCUUGGGCAACCAGAAGAUGGGAUUUUCCAUAUAUAUCGGCCUCUGUUGCUUUGGAAUCUUGAUCACCAAUCCUUUUUUGGGAGCCAAGGCUGCGUCAUGCCCCAGAGACUGGUUGAAGAAACAGGGGAACUGCUAUGGAUAUUUUGAUGAAAAAUUAGAUUGGGAUGCUGCUGAGCUUGAGUGCCAGAGCUAUGGCCCAGGAUGUCACCUUGCCUCUAUCCUCAGCCGCCAAGAGUCCUCACUUUUGUCUGUAUACAUCAGAGACAAACAGGGAUCCCUUAGCAGUGUCUGGAUGGGGCUCUAUGAUAUCUCUGGGAAAAGGCGAUGGAGAUGGGUUGAUGAAUCCACCUACAACUACAGAGUCUGGACGGAACACCAGCCAGACAACUAUGAUCAGAGUGAGCACUGUGGGGAGCUGACACAUGACUCGAAUUUUAAAUUGUGGAAUGAUAUGUCAUGUAGCAGUCUUAAUGCUUACAUCUGUAAGUACCAGCUGUAGAGCCAUCUGAGCAAACGCAGCUGGGAUGCAACCAGAAGCAGCUACGAAAUACCUGCAAAUUUGAUUGACACCCUGUUGAUUUUACUGCCUCUGAAGCAUUCAGAAUGACAGACCAGAUCUUUCCCCUUCCUAUCCACAUUUCCUCUUAGAAUAGACAACUUUACCUUUACCCCAUUCUCCUGAUUUUUCUCAGUGGUGAUACAACACUAAUAAAGCACAUAUAUACAAAG